UGAAGUUGAUUUAUCGUCGCUGAAGUUUUCGAGUGUCUUUAAGCCACAACUUGCCCGAAGCCCAUCCAAUUGCAAACCCUCGCCCCUUCACUCCCCCUGAUUCCUUUUCCUUUCUUUUUCCCUUUUUAAUUGCUCGAUCGCUUUUUUGAGGCCGGGGAUCCGCAGAAAUCCCCAUCGGCCUCAAAUUUCUUCAGCGCUUCGAGCUUAUCUCUGGUAAAUUGUGGUGCUUCUUCUUCUUCUUCUUCGAAUUCGAAGAAUGGUGGAGCUCUCCCUCCUCGCUUCCACUGGCCUGCCGUCGGCCAUCCUUUACCAGGACCAUCAGGGCCUCUAUAAAACCCCUCCUAAGGAAUUUCAUUCUGGGUUGUCAUUUAAUGGUAGAAAACAAGAUGCAGCAAAAUCUGGUUCUGUUCAGUUUGAUGUGCACCAGUCUGAGGAAUUACUUCAUCCAAUGCCUAUGUUAUUGGGGAGCAAUCAAUCUUUGAGGAUAUCUCCAAUGAUUAGACAAACUGUUCUUAUGGAUGUCCAAGAUUCACACACUAAUUCAGUGCUGUUCAGUUUGGGAAUUGCAGAGAAGUGCAUAAGAAAUGAAAAGAUCAUGGAAUUAUUAAGGUCUAGAUCUAAGUUUACUGAAGGUAAAGACUUGGAUGUGUCUUUGCUUUCAGAAGUAAUGGGUCUUCAUGAUGUGGCUAUCGACAUGUUAUCUCCUCGCCAUGUACUUAUGGAUGACAAAUUUUCUCUUUAUAACGCUGAGAUGAAUGAUCAGGACCAUCCUCUGCAUAUAUUGAAACAGAUUUAUGCACCAGAAUUUCAGUUGGACUUUGGUAGGAACUUGUCUGAUACUUUAUACUAUAGGGAGGAUCAAGAUGGACAGCUUCUGUUCCCGGACAAUCCAGCUAAAAUAGAAGAUCUUCUAUCAAUUGUCUCAAAGUUUAAUCUGCCAAAAAGAUCGCCAAUUGGCAGUAAAAAGUCAUUGCUGGUCCCGUACUUCACAAGAAGGGGUAGACGACGCUCUCAAGCACAAAAACAGGUGACGCCGGCAACCGUUGCUCCUGUGAAAAGCUCUGAAGUCCCUAAGCAGAAACCCAUGAGUAAGAAAAAGAAACGAUCAACAGAACGAGACCUUUAUCAGAGGAACUCAUUUCAUGCCUUUGAAAGCCUUCUUUCUGUUCUCCUGAAUGGAAGCUGCAGCACAUCCUUGGUUUCACUAAAGAAAUCAGGCCCCGAGAUAAGCCAAGUACUCACCAAAAUUUCUGCUGCCAUUGCUGGUACCGGCCUUGCCAUUAUUUUCUCAGUCGCAUACACAGUGGCAUGUGGAAGGGUGGCUCUGGGUGCUAGCAGGGUUUUGAGUACUGGAUGUGGACUUGGUCUCUUCUGGCUUUCGUGGGCGAUCAAUGGACUGAGGGAUACCCUUGUUUAUCUCAGCAAAAGCUCAGGCAAGUCGAAUCUUAAGGAGGAGGAAGUAGCCAGCAUGGUUAAGAGAAGCAUGAAUGAGAUUCUCUUCAGAACCAUGGCAUUAGUAGCAGUGACAGCGUUGAAGUUUGCAUAACCUUCCGUUGCAAGGAUGACCUUAAAUUUGAGUCUAUAAUCAUAAAACAGUUUAACGUUUCUUUUGCCGGCUGUGCAGAAAAAGGUCCUUUGUGGUUUGUGAAGAAAUGCAAUUUGCCUGACAGCUUGCUUCUUCAAAAUGUUAAUCCUGUUUUGGUUUGUAAAGAAAGUUCAUUCUACCA